ACCUGACAGCAGAGUGAUUGUGAUGGAAGAUGAUGAUGUCAUUUUACCCUGCUCCCUCGGCACCAAUCAGAACAUUGAGAAAGAAUUGUUUGUCUGGAAGAAGGAAGGAACAGUUCCUCUAAAGGUGGUGUUCAUGUUUGAUGACGGCACAUAUAGUAGAGGUCAAGAUGAAGAGUUCAAAGGUCGAGUCUCACAUUUUCCAGAACAGCUGAAGCAUGGAAACGCCUCCAUAAGAAUGAAUAAAACUACUCUGGAGGACAAUGGAAACUACACCUGCAGUUUUCCAGAAAUGAAGCCAACCAAAAUCUUCCGCAUUGAGCUUGUUGUUGAGGGCAGAUUAAAGGUCCGAAACCUCUCAGGUGCCGCUCCAAAGCCAUCUGUAACAAAUCUUUAUCAAACAAAUGACUGGGCACUGCUGCAGUGUGACGUUGAAGGUGCUUCUCCUAAACCUACAGUAGAGUGGUGGGACAGCACUAACAAAACACUUACCUCUGACGAGCCACAGGUUACACCGAAAGGAGAUCGCUUCUAUAUCACCGUCAAAACUACUGUGAAGAAGACUGGCUUUUAUCGCUGUGUAGCCACACAGAAGGAAAUUUGGCAUCAGAUUCAUAAGGAAAUCUAUGCACAUUUUGGUGACCGGUCUGGGACUGGGAUGAUGAGAGCUACUAUUGUUUCAGUUAUUUUUGGAAUAAUUGGAAUAGUUGUUGUUUAAUUUUACUCAAUGCUCGAGCAAAUGGGAUCAAAAGCACCAGGAGGGUCUGACAGACGAGUGUUAUAGUUCAUCGAAUUAUCUCUCCACUUCUGAAAUUCUCCUGAAGUUGUCUGAAACAAAGGAUGGAAGAAAAGCUCCAUGUCACACAUCUCAAUCCAGUUCUAUUUUGGGGAUUUAAGUCAGCUGCUUCAGUGUGAGUUUGCAUGCGUGUGUGUGUCCAUGUCUUUUAUCCAGAAUGUUUAACUCGUGUGUUAUAAAGAACUCUUUAUAUCCUGGACAAAUUUUAUGAAGAAUUCAAAAUUGUUCCAGAGCUGUUUAAUGCAAGUUGUCUUAUUUUAAUUUGACAUUUUAUAAAAGUAAUGUGAUGAUGAAGCAGGAUCAUAUAAUAAGCUACAACAGUGAAACAAGAUUGUCUCCCUCUCUGUGUUAGCUUAGUGGUUGUGGGAUACAGCAAAUUUUGAUCUUGAUCCAAUAAUAAGUCAUUACAGGGUCAGUAUUACUAAUGCUGAUACUUUUAACUUACAAAUGCAGCCUAUGUAGGGAGAGCAUUGUGUCGUCAUUGAUUAACUGAAUCAUCAUCAGUUUGCAAAUUCAUUUCAAACAAAUUUCAAAGAGCAUUAAAUCACUGUUUUGAAUUUUUUUGAAUUUUGAAAGAAAAGGUUGAAAUUCAGCCUUUCAUUGAGUUACACUUGAUUUGAUUAUGUGUGAAUGAAUAUCUGAAGGUGAAUUGUGAACAUGUUAAAUAAAAUUGCUCAGUGACUGAAAUACAUUCAGCAGCUCACACUGAAUCAGCCGACUUAAACUGAUAAAACAAAGGUGAACUUAGCCCUGAAACUGCUCUAAAUGUAGGUGAACCUCUGUAUAAUGUGCCUCCUUUAGUAUGCAUAUCGCUUUGCUAUUAUCUUAAAUGAGCCUGUAUGCUUUUUUUUUUUUAUAAAAGUAUUUCAUUAAGGAGAGAUCCUUUGGGAGAACUUAAUAUGAUUUAUUGAGAAAUUAAUCAGUUUUAUUGAUAAUUAGACUAUGAUGAUCUUAUGGCAGAAUGGAAUCCCAGUUAUUCCAGUGACUCAGAGUGACUGGGUGAUGUGGAGAUGGGGAGUAGGUGGGGUACAUAAUUGAGAGUCUAGAAGGGAAAAUACAGAGCACGCAGAAUUAAAUCAUGCAAGCUCAUUGGCUUAAAGAUCGUGUGCAAGAAGAUGAUUGGACUAGAAUAAUGAUGUCAGUAUUGACAGAAAGUGGUAGUGGUCAGACUAGCAGCUGAACACACAGUGAUUACAGAACUUCCUUAUUGAACUUGCUGUGGAUGGAUGAUACUGCAAUUUUAAUUUUAUAAACUUAUUUCACAAAGUGCUUAAAGAUUUCUGCAA